AUGCUGAGAGGGACUGGAUCCCUGCAGGAGCUGCUGGGACAGAAGUGUCUGUUCAAGGAGGCGGCUCGGCGGGGGCGCACCCAGUCCAGCAUCAAGUCGUUCGCGGCGGCCCGGGCGGUGUGCCUGGAGCUGGAGGCCGACAACCCCAGGGACAAACACGCGACGCUGGUGCUGGACGCGGGGUCGGGCGCUGCUCUGGGGCACGUCCCGCGCGAGGUGGCACGCCUGCUGGGGCCCCUGCUGGCCGCCCAGCUGGUGGCGGUGGAGGGGUGUGUGCUGGAGGCCCCGGCCUCCAGCCGUGCCUCCGUACCGGUGGAGUUCCAGGUGCAGCUGCUGUCCGACCAGGAGGCGGAUGUGCAGGCCGUGGCCGCCGCGGCGCUGCGCCUCCAGGCCGCCACGCAGCCGGCCGCCAGCGGCGACCGCCUGCGCGCCAACUUUGACCGCGUGCUGGAGGCGGUGUGGCGGGAGGACGCGCGGCUGCUGGACCGGGAGGAGGGAGACUUCCGCGAGACCUUCAGCGCGCUGACGGCGGCGGCCGCCGCCCUCUUCCUGCGCCUCUUCCUGCGCAAGGGCCCCUGGUUCCGGCUCCAGCGCCUCGACUACCCCGAGGUCCCCGACGCGGCCGCCGCGGUGGGGGAGCUGUGCGCUGCGGGCCUGGCGCAGACCCGCGCGUCGCCGGCCGAGGCCGGCGACGCCGGCGCCUUCCACGACGUCGCCGCGCUGGCCGCCGUGGCGACGGCCCGGGAGCUCCAAUUGGCCUGCGCGGGGCUGGAGGCCUGCGCAGGGCCAGGCGCGCGGCGGACGGCCAUCCAGCCGCCGAGCCGACGCGCCGCGCUGCUCCGGCGGCUGGACGCCGCGGUCGUCGCGCACGGCGAGGCGGCGGCUGCCGGCGCGCUGCUGCGCCAGACGGGGCCGCUGGUGCGCGUGGCAGCGGCGGCGCGGGCAGUCGUGACCCGCCUCCAGCGCCUCUUCUUCCUCUCCGAGGACCAGGGCCUGUCGCACUUCCUCGCCGCGCACGCCGGCGCGCUGCAGUACCCGCGGUACCUCGUGCACCGCCAGCAGGCCGUGUGGUCCAGCCGCCGGCAGCUGCUGGAGUACGAGGCGGCGCUGCAGGCCGCGGCGCGCCUCAUGGACGCGCUGGAGGCCGGGGAUGAGGCGGCCGCGGAGGCAGAGCUGGAGGGCAUCUGGCGCAGCCUGGACGCCAACCGCCACAAGCAGCUGCCCAGCCCUCUCAAGCAGUCCUUCUCCAAGCAGUCCAGCCUCCUCUUCCUGUCCCGGUUCCAGGCAGGCAAGAACGAGAGGGUCACAGGCUGGGUGCACUGCCUGAUGGCGACGGCGGGGGUGUCGCUGCUGGAGAAAAAGCGGGAGUAUGUGCUGGCCAUCGAGCGCCUCCAGCAGCUGCUAGGCGGCGUGUACUGCGGGACGAGACGGGGCGACUGGUGGAUCCGGCUGUCCAUCAACCUCGAGCACCUGGGGAGGGUGGGAGAGGCGCUGGAGAUGGCGGAGGCCGGCCUGGCCGACGACUGGCUGAGCCACGGCGACCGCCUGGCCCUGCAGCGCCGCGUCCUGCGCCUGGCCAAGCCGCCCCGGCGCUGGAAGAGGCCUGCCUGGGCGGGGAGCGUGGCGCCGGAGCCCAGGGAGGUCAGGAUCGUGCAGCGACCCAUGGCCAGCAUCGUCGGGUUCAAGAGCAGAUUCAUGGGCCUGAGCGGUGAGCCGUGCACGGUUGAGCAGCUUGCUCUUCAGCACUAUGCCAGAGACGAGGCAGGCGGCUGGACUGGGUGUCACUGCGAAGGCGGCAUCUGGUCGACCUUCUUCUCCCUGCUCCUGUGGGAGGCGCUGUUUGCCCCCGUCCCCGACGUGUUCAGGACCCCGUUUCAGUCCUCACCCCUGGACCUCAGGACCGAGAGCUUCUACAUUGGCCGCCAGGACCUGAUCGAGCGGAUCCUGGGGGAGAUCGCGGCAGGCGGCGUGGAGGAGCGCCUGCGAGCCGUGUGGGAUGCGCACUGCGGGGAGCUGUGCGCCGGCAUUCGGUGGGACCGCUGGCCGCUUGAGGAGCUGCUCACCGUCGCAGCCUGCGUCGGGGGCAGAGGCCUAGCGGUGGUGUGCCGGCUGCUGGCUGAGGAUCACUCCGGCUGGGCAGGAGGUAUGCCGGACCUACUCCUCUGGAACCCAGCUCGCCUGAAAGCCAAGCUGGUGGAGGUCAAGGGGCCCAGGGACCGCCUUUCUGAGCAGCAGCGGGCAUGGGCGCAUGCGUUGACGCAGGGUGGCCUGGAGGUCGAGGUGCUCAAGGUUGUGGAGCCCAAGGCUUCCAAGAAAUAA